AUGUCAUCAUCGGCAUUUGAAGAUGGUGAAUAUUUAACAUGUCCAUUUAAUCCUGCACAUCAAGUUAUUUCAAAUAAUUUUAAACAUCAUAUACUACGAUGUUCACAACAUCAUCCUGAUGUAAAAACAAUCAAAUGUCUAUUCAAUGGUGCACAUAAAAUAAAACCUCCUAACUAUUAUGAUCAUCUUUGUGAAUGUCCUGAUAAUCCAGCUUCUUAA